AUGAAGAUAGUGAUUGCAGUAGUUUUUACCUUGCUAGCUACAUUGUUCGUCACAAUGGAGCAAGUGCACGCCUUCAAUUGCCAAGAAGCGAAAGUAUCAUGGCUUCCGUGUGUGGGAUACCUCAUUGGUGGUGGAGGCCCUUCAACCUCUUGUUGCAAUGCUAUUAAAAGUCUGAAAUCAUCAUUAGGUACAAAAGACGAUCGACUCACUGCUUGUGAAUGUUUUAAAGAUGCAGUAAACCUCUUUUCGAACAUAAAUGAAGACCUGCUUGCCUCACUUCCCAAACGAUGUGAUGUUGAGAUACGCAUUCCCUUAAGCAAGAACAUGAAAUGCAGCAACAUCCCUUUUGGUCAACACAAUCGAGAAAUCAAUGUAAUAAAAGGCAUAUAG